UAUGCUAGUAUUGAUGCCAGUUUAGCUGGUUUUUGUAUGAUUUAUGCGCUUGGAUUUGUGCCUAUCGUGGCCGUUCUUAUUAAAGAUUACUCUGUAGUAGAUACUGGUUUAAAAAGUGUGGAACACAUUAAAGAAUAUGUUAACAUGCCACAAGAACCUUUUUCAGUGAUUACGAAUACUCGUCCUCCUGCUGCGUGGCCGACCGAUGGUAACAUUAAAGUAUUCGGUCUAACGGUUCAUUAUUCACCAAACGAUGAACCUGCAUUGAGUGAUAUAAAAUUUUCUGUCAAGGCCGAAGAAAAAAUUGGUAUAGUUGGAAGAACGGGAGCCGGUAAAACUACAUUGGCAAAUUCAUUUUUAAGAUUGACUGAAGCUACUAAAGGCCGAAUCGUAAUUGAUGGAAUUGACAUUUCAUCAUUGAGAUUAGAAGACCUAAGGACACGGUUGACUAUUAUACCUCAAGACCCUAUACUUUUUGAAGGAACUGUUCGGUCUAAUCUCGAUAUUCGUGAAGAAUAUAACGAUCAAGAUUUAUGGGAAUCACUGAGACGAGUUCAUCUUGUUCAUUUCGAGGAAGUAAAUAGUCAAGUUUUCAUUAUUGGACCAAUAACGAGCUUAGACGAUCCGGUUAGCGAAGGUGGCAGCAAUUUCUCUCUCGGAGAAAGACAAUUAAUUUGUCUUGCAAGAACAUUACUAAGACGAUCUAAGAUCGUUAUUAUGGAUGAAGUAACCGAUAUUGACAUAGAGAUGACUAAUAAAAUACAGGAAAUUAUACGCAAUGAGUUUCAACAUACUACAAUUUUAUGCAUUUCACAUCGCUUUGAUAUGAUUAGAAACUUUGACCGAAUUCUUGUCCUUGAUGAAGGAAGAAUUGCUGAAUUCGACACACCAUAUAACUUGAUUAAGAAUCCAGAUAUAUUAGAUGAGCAAAUUGAACAUGAAUCAGAGCAUGAAGUAGAUGAAGAGCGAGGAGAUCAGCAAAAUCAGCCAGAAAUGCUUGACCAAAACCGUUACAAUGAUGACCGAGAAGUUCAAGAAGAGCGACAAGAGUUUGCAACGCAAAUUGUGAAGAAUUUGUUUUUCAUUGGAAAAUGUUUUUAUUAUUUGUCACCCGAUAAUGAAAACCAAGAUAAUGUAAACAAUGCAGAUAAUUAUGAUGAUGAUGACGAGAAAAAAAUAUACAGCAGAUUAUUAGCAAGGUUCGCUUCAUCCAAUAACGAAGAGAUUGAUUAUCAGAACAAGCAUUGCCGCAGUGGUCACCUGCAUGUCUUAGCACCGUCUUAUCUCUUAUUUAUAACCUCACCUAUAUAUCGUUCGAUAAACAAUGAGACAGCCAAAGGUCAAGAUAUAGAAGUUCUUGAUUUACUACAGAAACGUGUUGGCACAACUCAAUAUCAUAACGCGUAUAAUAAAGUAAGGCAGCAAAUGGCGGAUGUGAGAAUGGAAAGAAAACAUAAACGAGUUAAG